AUAAUUAAGGCUUCCACGAUUGAUGGGCGUCGCAAAGGAGCUUGCCUUUUCUGCCAGGAAUAUUUCAUGGAUCUUUAUCUGCUUGCUGAACUAAAGACAAUAUCCUUAAAGGUGACUACUGUGGAUAUGUUAAAGCCACCACCUGAUUUUCGUUCCAAUUUUGAUUCUACACCACCUCCAAUUCUUAUUGAUAGGGGCCUGAAUAUAUUAGAAAAUGAAAAGAUUGAGCGUUAUAUAAUGAAGAAUGUGCCUGGAGGCCAUAAUCUUUUUGUACAAGACAAGGAUACAGCAGCAGUCAUUGAGGAUUUGUAUAUUAAAUUUAAAUUAAUGCUUACAAGGCGAGAUGAACAAUCAAAACGAGCUCUUCUAAAUCAACUAAGGAAUAUAGAUGCCCACUUGGAAAAAAAAGCAGGACGAUUUUUGACAGGAGAUACCAUGUGUUGUUUUGACUGUGAAUUAAUGCCUCGAUUGCAGCACAUCAGGGUAGCAGGAAAAUAUUUUGCUGAUUUCGAAAUCCCUGAUGAUUUGAGAAACCUGUGGUUGUACAUGGCACGAAUGUAUCAGCUUGAUGCUUUCACUCAGUCCUGUCCUGCAGAUCAGGAUAUUAUAAAUCACUACAAACUGCAACAAGGCACAAAGAUGAAAAAACAUGAAGAGCUUGAGACACCAACUUACACUACUUCAAUUCCUGAAGGGAUACUUGAUUAAAAUAUACUCAUUGAUAAAUUGAAGAAACCAACUGCACAUUUAUUCUGUGUUAACUCAAGUUUUCAACUCCCAAGAAUGCUUUUGUAAUUAAUGUUUUCCAGUGCCCUUAUCUGUGAAAUAUAUUAAAAAUUAUUUGUUAUCUUCCAUCUGUUUUGUAGAUUAGAAAGGCAAGAAUUUUAGUCUCAGAACUUCAAGGAAUAGCUAGAAGGUAAAAUUUAUAGCACCUUUUAGCUGAAAGAUUUUUCACAGAUACUAAUAUUAUCUGGUCAUGAAAUUGUGAGUGUUUGGAUUAAUUCUGAUUAUGUGCUGUGGCUUAUAUUUUGUGCAUUUAUUUAGCUAGCCUGUACAGAAUGUGCACAAAAAUAAUUUGGGCUGAAUUUUGUACAUGGUUAUUAUAGCCUUUGUAUUUUUACUUAUUUUCAUGUCACAUUGUAAAGCUAUGCAAAUUUUUGAUAAUAUUUCAUGUGAUAUAUUUGUAUUUGUGUGCAUACAAAUUAAUUCAGAAAUAAAUCAUUUCUCAGUUAAAUAUGAAAUAUUUGGUCAUAUUUUUUGUAUGAAAAGUGCUUGCAUAUAUUUCAAUAUGUAUUCAAUUCCAAUACCUUUUUCAAUAUUUGCUGUUAUUAAUUAGCAUUAGUGCAUUUAACUGUUGUUCUUUGUGUGCUAUUUUAUUUGUAGUAAAUAAGUAAUAUAGAAGACCAUUCUAUUUUUGUUUGCAGAAUAUGACUGAUAAUAGAGGAUAGGAAAGUACUUAAAUGUGUUAUUAUAUUCAAGUUAAUUUUGCAUGGUGUAAUAUUAAAAUACAUAUUUUUCCAAGAAUUAUUCUAGUUAAGUUUUAAUAUUUAUUGAUAUAUUUGUCUUAAUUUUCAUUGCAAUAUUUUUUAUAGUCUGAAUCAGCAAAAUUUCUGAUUACUAGUAAAGAACAAACAUACAGAUAAUUUACAUAUGCUACUAAACAUAAUAAAACUGGUUGUGCCGCAUUGAUAUUAAAGGUGCUGAUAAUAAAUAAGCAGAUUUUGGCAAAUGUAAAAUAUUCUUAGGAUUUCUGAAUUAAUGAUUUAUGGGUAUUAAGUGUCUGUUCUUGUUAGUUUCAUUUAAUAGACAUUUUUUGACCCUUCUUCAGCUGAUAUUUAGUUUCUAAUGUGAAUUAUUUUACUAAAUUUGAGUUUUUGUAUUAAAGGAGAUAAAAGUUUAUGCAUUUGUGUAAAUUAUUCAUUUACAAAAUGCUGUGUGUAUACAAGAUGUAUUAUUGUGUAGAAAUUCUUUAUAGGGCCCAUUAUAUAAGUUUAGGCUUGUGGAUGUUUGUCUUUUUAAUCAAUCUUGAAAUAUAACCUACUCUGUGUUGAAGAAUCAUUCUGACAUGUCAUAAAAUUGCAUUCCUAAGCAAGAAAGUCCAAAUUUACUUGCAUUUAUUAAGAGCUUAGAAAUUACAAAUUUUUAUAAAAAAAAAACUUUGUAGUGAACUUUUCAAAUAUUCAUAGUCAGCUUUACUUCAUAGUCAUUUUAGUCUGAAAAUUCCAACUUGUUUUAUGUAAAUUUUGAUGAGUGAAUAUAAGUAUUCAUUAUUUUGUAUAUUUUUAUAAACUUUAUAUUGGACUUGGGGUAAUGCGUAUAGAUCUUUGAAAAAACCCUAUGUGCAUAAGAAAUUUUACAAGUGCUUUUACAGUGCAUCAUGAGCAAGCAAACUUUGUGGCCAUGUAUCUUUUCUUCCAGCCAUUCAAACUGCUCUACACGAACAGUGGGGGUUUGUUUCUAUUGAUAUUUCUAAAAUAUAUAACUGGAUACUAUUAAAAGUUCUGUCAAGUCCUUAUUGUAUCUAGAAAUUUGACCGUUGCCAAAAGGUAUUAUGAUUUUCUGUUACAUAGGCUAGUAUUAAAUAGAGAUGUGAAAUGGCUGCAGUCUUAUACCAAAACAAACUGAAUUAGAUUUAGGUAGGUUUUAAUUGGCAAUUAACAUAUCAUCUGUUAGUGAUUGUGUAAAAAAUUACUAGGAGUUUGAGUAUUUUUUUAUGCACAAAAUGAGUUAAUGUGUACCUGAUGGCUGUAUUUAAAUUUCAAGAUGUCAUAUUUUAGAAAUUAAACAUGUUUUUUUAAGAGGCUUUUUAUUUUCAAAAGCUAGCAGGGUAUUCAUCAAGUGAAUACAAAGUAAAAAUAGCUCUCAAUAUUUGAAAAAAAUGAUUAGUUAUUAACCCUAAGAUAAUCGUAGAUUACCAUGCAAUUACUUUAGCUUCUGGAUAUGGUGCAGCGCUUUUGGAACAGUAUUGAAUAAUCUUAUUUCCAAAGAAAAGUAAUUGAGAGCAGCUGCUGGCUUCCCUUACUUUCUUAAUCACCACAUGCUUAUUUCUCAGGACAAGUUAAACUAAUGCUUGGUGUAAAAUGUGUGGCAUUUAAAAGAACUCUUGGAAAAUAAAGUAUUGUAAUAAUAAAUUUUUGUUGUCUGCCUCUUAUGAUAAAUAAAAUCAUAAGCUACAAAUAUUUAAAAUUGGAGAAUUAUGCUAUUUUCACUAUUCAGUAAUCUCAUUAAACUUUUAACAUAAUUAAUUAUCUUUAGAUGUAAUUUCUACAGCCCUUCAAAUUUUUAUUUCAUUUUAUAGGGGAAAAUAGAUUAAGAAUGUAAGGCUAAAGAAUUGUGAAAUUUAGAUCUAGAAACAUCCUCUCUGGAGUUUCUAUAUAUGAUCAGUGUAUUUUUUUAUUUUAUUUGCAAUGAAAUAAAAGCAGCCAUUAUACAUUUAUCUAUGAAAUGCAUUGAUGAAAUAUUGAAAUGCAUUUGCUAAGAUACAGAUUGCCCUUCUGUAUGUUUACUUUUAAUUUUCUUUUCCUCCCCUACAUCUAUUUUAUUGUAAAAUAGUUUCUCUGCCCAAUUCUUUUUUUUUAUUAUUAUAUCUGUACACAAACUUAUGAACAUCUGUACUAAACUUAUAAAAUUGCUAAUAAUUUAGCGGCAGUUUUAAGGCAUAUAGCCGUGCCACUGAAUUAUUAGAAGCAUAUCUUGGUAAUUUUUUAGUUUCUAUAAGUCGCUUGAUAAAUAUAUAAAAGAUUGCAUUUUAAAUAACCCAUUGUUGAGUAAAUAGCUGUCAGUGAUUCGUUUAAAUUUAGAAGUAAAUGUUUUCAUUUUGUAAUUUAAAAAGAAAUUAAAGAAUUAAAUCUAAAUUAGAGGAAUAUUAAUGACUAAAAAUGCAUGUGGCAAUAAGCAUUUAGUCCGGGGCCAUAUUUUAUUUAUUUCAAAAUGCUAAUUAAGAACAUUCCAUUUUCAAAUCCUGUUUUGCUUCGCAUUAAAUUUCUUAUAUUUGCAGGAGAUUCUGAUCAGUGUAGAUUUAUCUUGAAAAAUUUGUUUAGGGAAAUUAUGUAUGUGCAUGUGCUGUUUGAAUUAGUUUUCAUACUUAGUGAUGCAUAUUUUAUUCUUGGAAAAAAUUUACAUGUUUUCUAUGCCACAAGUGCCAUAUUUUCAAGGGAAACUUUUUUAUAUCAGGUAAUAAAAAUGUCCAGCAACAUAAAAUGUGCAAUUUAUGUAGAAUUUUUGGUUUAUAAUUAUAACUUAGUACUUCAUGUAGUUGUUUAUAUAAUCAAGGUAUUUAUGUGUUUUUAAUUGUUAAGUGAGUGCUUUUUAUGUGGAAUAUUGUUGGUUUAUUUCUCUUUGAAUGACUUAAAAUUUGAUGAAAAAUUAAUGCUGUAGCUGUAGAAAAUUAAUUGGCCCUUUCGUAUUUUUUUUAAAGUUAUGCACGUUUGAGAAUCAGUUGCCAUUAAUUCAUUCAAGGUGUCAUUUACAGGUGAUCACAUUUAUACUUCAUUGCUGCUGAAAAAUAAUAAUUAAAAGUACGGAUUUGUGUGCUCUUGGACUUAAUUAAUUUUUCGUUUACUGCUCUGAUAUUUGAUUAAAUUAUUAGCAUAAGAAAACAGAAAAAGUAAGCAAGUUGUAUCAUUUUUGUCACAUGUAGAGCUUGGUUUAAAAAGAUUUUUGUAGCUGGUGAAUUUUUUAUAAUGUUUUAAAAGUAUAUUUACAAUGCUAAAAGCUGCAUCAGAUUAAUUGUUCAAUUAUGUAAAGCAUGUGAAUAAAUACUUUUCAGUUUGUUUAAAAAAUAAAAUAAGUUGAAUGCUAG